GGAACUUUAACGCAAGAAUGGGGCGUGACAAGAGCAGAGAGAAUGCUGGUCCCCGCAGCGAGUACUCUGGCAGGGGCCAACCUGAAGGAGGGCGUUCAGAUUUUCGAGGAAAGGGAAAGGGGAAGGGCUAUGAAGCUGGCGGUUGUAGAGGAGUCAACGAAGAGUGGGACAACAGUUACAAUGAGAGUUACCCAGUGCUGGGCGAGGGCUUAAAAUUGAAUGCAGAUUUGCGGCAGUAUUUCCAGGAGAUUGCGCCACUUGUUGGGCCAAAUGGGACCAUCAAAGAUCCAGAGGAGCUGACGAUCCUUUGCAACAACGGGCUGGAAGAAGCACAAGGAAGCGAGGCGGCCCUCGCGUGCGACGCCUCCUGUGGCCGCACACUCGAGGCCUUGCUGACGUCAGCGGAGCUGCCGAGCCUCCUGUCCUUUCUAACUGGCCUAUGCGGGGACCAUUUUGAAGCCGUGGCACGCCACCAUUCUGGGAGCCACAUCAUAGAAACGGCGCUUCAAGCGCUCAAACAGCAUGGAGAUGUGGGGGCGGCGGGGCAGGCUCUUUCGGCUGUCUGCAAGGCCGCCAGCGCUACCGCUGUCGACCUCCUCUGCGACCGCUACGGGAGCCACGUCCUGCGGCGCAUCCUCUCCACUCUGAGUGGCCGGGACGUUCAACCGGGCCAAUCCAAGCACCUGGGGCACGGGCAGCGUGCGCCCAGAGGGAAUAACCGGGGGCAAAGGCCGGUUGAGGCUCCGUUUCCAGCGCUUCUGGCGCAGUUUGCGGAGGGAAUAGCUGCCGCGGCCGGGCCACAUGUGAAGCAGCUGAGGUUGGACUCGUCAGCAGGGCCGGGGCUGCAGGCCAUUCUUCUCGCUCUUGAGGGUCAAGAAGUUCCGCUCGAACGAAUGGUGCGCGCCUUUCUGGGCUGCCCCGAGGAGGUCAUCACAACUAGACCAGGCGAGGUUCUCGCGAGCGCCGACCCUGACGAAGUCGCGGAGCUGAUGCGCGAGCGAAGCGGCAGCCACCUGGUCGAGGUGAUUGUCAAGGUUUCUCCGCCCCGCCUUCAAAGCGAGUUCUUUGACCGUUUCUUCCGGGGCAGUUUGAAAGACCUGGCGCUGCAUCCGUCCGCCAACUUCGUGCUCCAGGCCAUGUUUGCCGCAGCCCACGGCGCCGAUCUGGUGAGAGCUGCCGCGGAGGAACUCGAGGAGCACUUCCCGCAGCUGCUGCGGGAGAACCGGGGAGGCGUGAUCGCUGCGCUCGUGGCCAGCUGCGGCCGUCUGGGCACUUAUGAGAAGGAGGUCUGCCGGGCGCUUGCACGCGCCCUGACCGCCCAAUCGUCCUCCCCCACUCGAGUCGUCUCCGACUUGUUGGCUCUCGACCAGCACAUUGCGUCUGGCAACCGGUGGGGCAAACUGCCCCCGCUGAAUUGUGCGAUCCUUACGACAAUGUUCGGCUUUCCCAAGGGCAGCUGCCAGCCGUUUGUGGACAGUGUGGGCAGCCUGACGGAGGCGGAGUGCGUCGCUCUCGCGAGCGACCCAGGGGGCAGCCGCGUCGUGGAAGCGUUCCUUACGGGGCCCACGCCAGACAAGCAGAAGCGGCUGUUUGUAGGCCGGUUGCGCGGACACUUUGCUGAGCUGGCGAGGGAUCCCUCCGGCUCGCACUGCGUCGAAAAAUGCUUCACGGCAGCCGACAUUAAGCUGAAAGAGGCAAUUGUAGGUGAGCUGGCUGACGGCGAAGCUGCGCUCCUGCGCACAUCGCACGGGCCACACGUAUUGUUCAAGGCCAGCGUCUCACUGUACAAGAGCUCGCCGGUCUCGUGGCGGGCCCACGUGUCUGCGUCCGAGGGGGCGCGUCAGAUGUUUGCGGACCUUUUCUCAGAGCGUCCGAUUAAGAAUUCGCCAAAGGGGGGCGCGUAUGGGGCCACAGAAGAGGCGCACGAACUCCCUGAAAAAGAAGAUGAGGACAGGGUCGAUGGGGGCAACGAAGCCGGGGAGGACGGUCGGACCACGGAACGGAAGGAAAAGAAGCGGAAACGGAAGCGGCAGGUGGACGGUGACGUGCUUGAGCAUGAGGCGAAGACAGCUUUGGUGGUGGAGGAUGAUGGGGCAACGGAACGGAACGAAAAAAAGCGGAAACGGAAGCGGCACGUGGACGGUGAGGAGCUGGGGAAGAGGGAGGGUUUGGCGAUGGAAGGAGUUGGGCACCGGGAUGAGGGGGCAAACGGAGAAGGUCUUCCAGCAAAGAAGGGGAAGAAAGCGAAGCGAGAUGAAGGGGCGGUAUCUGAUGAGAUUGCAGCAAAAAUGCAUGGAGAGGAGCCUGCUGAAGAGGAGGAAACAACCGAGUUUGAGCAGAACAAGAAGAAGGGAAGGAGGGAGAGGCAUGGCGAUGAGCAGUCCGAAAUGGAUGCGGCAGUGCAUGAAGCCGAAAUAGUGUCGAAGAAGCGCAGAAUAGACAAGAAGUCCAAACGGACGGCAGGAGCGGAGGCGGAGCCGCCGAGUGCGGAACCCGACGCAGAAGGAGAGGCAGGGAUUGUCGAGUAUGUAGGUAAAAAGAAAUUGAAGAAAAACCUGGGUUGA